AUGGCAGAAUCGCGGUUCAAGCAAUACACAUACACCCCCCAAAAACCUCUACCCCUCCCCCCUCCCUGUGUAAUACCAAAACCCAACCCCUUCGAUAUGAUCCGCGUCGAAAAUGAGAGCGUCUUCUCGGCUAUCCACGUCGAAGAGGAGAGCGUCUUCCCGGUAAUCGACGAUGGCGUGUACCAACCAAAGUCCAAGAGAACCCGCGCCUCGGCUAUCCACGUCGAAGAGGAGAGCGUCUUCCCGGUAAUCGACGAUGGCGUGUACCAACCAAAGUCCAAGAGAACCCGCGCCGCCUAUGAGAAACUCCUUAGCCUCAUCCAGCAGCCCGUCCCCGGUCAUCCACUUGCCGGUCAGCCGCUCAGUACAGUCAGGUUCGUCGCCGAUAAAAUACUUGAAAUUCUAAAAAACGACGCCGUUAGUAUCCAGGACAAGAAGAUCAACAUUGAGAUGCUUCUUAACCCUAUCCCUAACCAUGUUUUUGAUCAGCUUGUCUCAAUUGGUAAGCAUAUAACUGAUUUCUAUGGGUUUGCUGCUGGUCAUGUUGAUGGCGGCAUUGUUGAUGGUGUCAGUAAAUUAUGCAUUUGCAGCAAUAGAUAG